AUCUGUUUAACGCAUGCGUAAAUGCUUGAAGGCGGUUUCCGCCGACUGUGGAGGUCACGUGUUUCCGCUUACUGUGGAGCUCCACAGUGGCUGCAGCCAGAUCCCUCUCAAUCCAGCAGGCACGUAGAUCGGGUAGCGACGGGGUGGAAGGCUGAGUCUUCGACCUGCAGCCGGAUACAAUUGAGAAGUAACGCUGACUUUUCACUCUUAGUGUCAAUAAUAAGAAAGAGCAACCCAGUUAACCAGGAAUGACGUGGCUCUCGACGAUGCAAAUACAAUUCAUGUUUUUAAGUUGCUCAGUACUUUAAUGAACUUUACAUCUCAUCAUUCAUUUCAUGUGUGUAACAAAUCAACGGUUGCCUCGCGCUUCUCUCCAAAUCCUAACAGAGUCCGCAGGCGCGUGCAGGCACCACCGACCGGCUGGCAAAACAGAGAGACACGGGUGGUCAGUCCGGGGCACGUGCACGGGGCCGCUGGGUGGGGUAUUUUACAUUCAUUCACUAACGAAAGGCCAAAGUAGGCACCGCGGAUUAAAGAAACCCCGAUCAGCAGCGAGCUUCCAUUUUUAAAAAAGCCGGCAGCGCACCGAGCCGCAGAUGUGCAGACAUUAAAAAAAGUUAAACAUGUAAAGAGCAGAGCGGGCACUCCGAUGAGGGUCUCUUACGACUGGCUACUCAAUGCUCUCUUCUUCUUCUACUCUUAUAUGGCGCAAGUACGUACCUGUCCCGUGUGGCUCAACACAUUCUUUCUUUUUUUUUUAACUCCAUAACAGAUCCAUCCCUAUUCCGGCAAGCUUAGUUCGUGCUUUUGUGGGAGGGACAAAUGGACCCGCCCACUAUUCGUCAUGUACAUUAAUUGACAGUUCACUCUCUUUCCGCGAGAGCUUAAGUUAACGUGAGCGUAACACGCUUAUGUUUUGAGUUCUUAUUAAAUCCAACAGUUAUUCUUUGUAAAUAGCAUUUUUGACUGUUCUACUUGUUCAUCAGUCAGCACAAAUGGAAUCACGUUUACAUUUUGAUGUUUCUGGUAGUUCAGUUUUUAGAUGAACAAAAAGCUGUGUCUGUUAUACCACAGUCUUGGUACAGUGAUGGCACAACCUUUUGGCCAAAUUAUAAGAGCGAUCAAAGACUAAACAAAGCAGCAAGAUAUGCUGAGGAACCAGGCCCUGACUGGACCAAGCAUGACGUUCGAGUACUAAAGGCCUACGAUUACAUGUCUGCAUGGCAAGGGAUGAAGAAGUCUUUGACGUGUCAAACUUCAGAAUUGGAUUCAGAUGAUCAGGAGGAUAUAGGCAGGGUGAAAAGAGCACCUAAACCAAUCCACUACUAUGGUGACACUGACUAUGAAAGUGAACAUGAAGACUUGGCUAAUAAAACAAAAGUUCCCUUCACAAGAUUUUCAAAACCUCAACAGUCAACUGGACCUUGCGUGUUCUCCCCGCAUUCUGCACCUCGGGUACCAUCACCACCUUUACCAUCUGUGCCACCUUGUCGCUCACCACCACAUUCUUUGCUUCAGGUGCCACCUCCUUACCAGUCACUAUUGCUCUCUGAAAAUACAUCUCAACAAAUUUCCACGAGCCUUCCAAAAAUGAAAAAUACUUCUGAACUCUUCAAGCCUACUUACAGAGUGGGUCAAUGUGGAACAGAACCAAUACCUUGUACUGCUGCAGAUCUUCAUAUCCUCACAUUGCUCGAACAUGUGAAGCACCAGCUGUCACAAUUGGCUGUCAUGAUCAGUUCACUAUCUGGGCGGCUAAACAUUGAAUGCUCACCUGAUAUGCCUGAGGAGGUGCAGUUUCCUUUACAGUCAUUGGAGGAAGUGGAUGACUUUGAGGCCUGGUUGAAACAACCAACCAAUGCUUUGAAGAAAAAGAACACGAUUUCUGUACUGGCAUCUAUCGGAGGAUAAGAUACCAAGCGUGUCACUUGGAAUAUUCUUUCACAUAUUUUUGGAGAUGAUGUUGCAAAAAAGAAACUGGAAGGGAGUGAAUGAAAAACGGGCCUUCAGUCAAAUGGCAACCAAAACUCUUAUGCGUGCAGUUCGCCAGAGUCAAGUGGCAGUCAAAGCUACAGAUGUGGACAUUAAUAAAUUUGCCAUUAGAUGGUUCAAUUUGGCAUCUGACCGUGGUGGUGGUCGCAAGGAGCGCUGCAGGAGAGUGCAGGCAGCAGUGCCUUCUGAAUCAGGACUGAUGUAAAUACACUUUAGUAGUCAAGUUUAUUGUUGUUUUUACUAUUUUGGGUAGAUUUCGUCAUUUUUGUACUUGCAUCCUACACUUUUGUGCAAAUGUGUUCAUUUUAUAUUUCUAUAUUUUAACCAUGUUACUGGAUAUUUGGACUGUUAAAUACUCAAUAUACUGUAUUAAUAUGUUUGUUUGUAAUUGUAGUUACAGCUUUUGAUCCAUGCAACUGCACUGACUUUACAUAACAAGACAAUAAAUAAACCAGUUAUACUGUA